UGUAGGCUGCCUUGGGAUGAGCUCUGGGUUGAUCAAUAUCUGCUACGGUGUUUCGUUUGUUAAUUUGUUUGGUGCUUUUUGGCUUUGUUUUGGCAGCAUACAUAUUCCCUCUCCGCCAAACAAGCCGGCGAAGUUUCGUGAGAAAGCCCCACUUGCAAGUCUCCCCUGUUUGCAAUAUAUACAAGGUUUGCUGCGUGCGCGUACGCUCGCGCGCGCUUGGACCCAUAGCUGUCUAAGCCUGAAAGUUGAAACCGAGGCGAUCGGCGUCCCCGGAAAGGUCAAGGGCAGUCCCCGUCUUUUUCACCUAUUUGGAAAGAAUCCUAAAAAUACACCGUUGCCAGCAGUUUGUGCUUACUCUGCGAGGUGGCGGCUGGGUCAGGGCAGAGAGGGCGGCCAAGGGACCCGCGACUGCAACUCUCAGGUUUGCGUUCCAGAGGACUCCAGGCGCGGGACCCGAAGUAAGUGCAGACGUCUGUGUAAGUGCGAAGCCAUCAUGGUGGCAUUUAAAGGCAUCUGGACUCAGCCUUUCUGGAAAGCUGUUUCUGCAGAAUUUUUGGCCAUGCUCAUUUUUGUCCUCCUCAGCCUUGGCUCUACAAUCAACUGGGGUGGAACCGAAAAACCUCUGCCUGUCGACAUGGUCCUCAUUUCUCUCUGCUUUGGACUCAGCAUUGCAACAAUGGUGCAAUGCAUUGGCCACAUCAGUGGUGGCCAUAUUAACCCUGCUGUGACUGUUGCAAUGGUCUGCACUCGGAAGAUCAGCCUUGCCAAGUCAGUCUUCUAUAUUGCAGCCCAAUGCCUGGGUGCCAUCGCAGGGGCGGGAAUUCUCUACCUUGUCACCCCCCGGAGUGUGGUAGGGGGCUUGGGAAUUACUCAGGUACAUGGGGACCUUUCUGCUGGCCAUGGACUAGUGGUAGAGCUGAUAAUUACGUUCCAGCUGGUCCUUACUAUUUUUGCCAGCUGUGAUUCUAAGCGACGUGAUGUCACGGGUUCAGUGGCACUUGCAAUUGGACUUUCAGUUUCGAUCGGACACCUGUUUGCUAUUGGCUACACAGGCGCCAGCAUGAACCCUGCUAGGUCAUUUGGACCUGCAGUUAUCAUGGGGAAAUGGGAAAACCACUGGAUAUAUUGGGUGGGACCAAUUAUAGGAGCAGUUCUUGCCGGCGCCCUUUAUGAAUAUGUCUACUGUCCUGAUGCUGAAUUCAAACAGCGGCUCAAAGAAGCGUUUACUAAAACAAGCCAGCAGUCCAAAGGGAAAUACAUAGAAGUUGAAGACACCAGGAGCCAGGUGGAGACAGAUGAUUUGCUUCUGAAGCCUGGAAUGGUCCACGUCAUUGACCUUGAGAGGGGUGAUGAUAAGAAGGGUAGAGACCCAACCAAUGAGGUGCUAUCAUCUGUAUGACUAGCAAGGAGCACUGAAAGCAGGGAACAGUCUACUAGCAGGCCCACAGAUAGCCUUCCACCCAUAAAAGAGACAGAUUUGUUGUAAAUUAGCCACCUGUGACAUCAUAAAACUGUAGGGAAAUGGCAGCAGUGAAUUAGCUGUUUAAUCAGACCAGACUCCCAUUCUGUUGACAAGGUAGCAGCUAACUAUGUUGAGGGAUCCUCAUAGAUUAUUCCAAAUUCAUAAAUGUCCUCUUGGCAAUAGCUAUAAGGGAAUCCUUUUAUUCACUCUCUGCUUUCUGAGUGAAUGUUGAAAGAGGCAUUGGUUUUAAUGCAAGCAGUUAUGAGCAGGAAAUAGCAAUCUUCGUCAAUCAGAUUGACAGAUGAAACUUAUCAAAAGAUGCCUAUAGACACAGAAAGAAGUGUCUAUCAGAUUGUUCUUCUGACACUUAAUUGGCUGUUGUCAAUCCUGAUUAGAAUUUUAAUGACGAAGUCUAUGGCAGGUUCAGUGAAAGCAGAGAUAACAUGGAGGAUACAACAAAUGCUUGCAAAAGCCUUAUUCCCCCCUUUCUUCUAGUCCUCCUGUUAUUUUUAAUCCUUCCAUGCUACAUUUGGGAGAAGACAAUUUAAACAAAACAAAACAAAAAACAAACAAACAAGAAUUGCCAUAUUCAUACAUUUUAUACUUCCACAAAAAAGGUAUCAAAAAGAAGUUGAAGGCUGUUCUGUUUUCAGUGCACUUAUUCAAACAAAUAAAAUGUUACUGUGCCAAUUUUAUAUAACUGAAAUUUUAAAAUUGUGUAACUAUUUUGCUCACAAUGUGAUUUUUUU